GAAGAUGGCGGCCGAACUGGUGGAAGCGAUGAACAUGGUCAAAAGUUUCCGGGUCUCAGACCUGCAGACGCUGUUGGCCUCAAUGGGUCGCAGCAAAAGUGGGCUGAAACAAGACCUGGUGGGGCGUGCAUUGAGGCUAGUGCAGACUGAGUACAGCCCAGAGCUUCUGAAGAAUGUCAGACAGCUCUAUGAAUCACGCUUCCCCAAAACAUCUGGCUGGCUCGCAGCACGGCGUCCAGAGGGCAUCUCAGUUGCCUACUCAUCCCUCAGCUCCUCCCCCACUGCCACCUCUCAGGGCGCAGACUACCUCAAUGGCAUUUCCAAACCGAUCCCCACACCUGCACCAGAGGUCAAGCUGGUGCCUCUGCCCUUCUACCAAACUUUGGAGACACUGUUGCCACCAACAGAGCUAAUUGCCCACAACAAUGAGAAACUGCAGGACAGUCAAUGCAUAUUUGAGUUAACACCGAACCAAGCAGAUCAGAUCCGAAAUGCAAGUGAGCUUCGUCCAGGAAUGAGAUCAAUCCAAGUGGUUCUUAGAAUCUGUUACACAGACUCCAUUGGUGUUCAGGAGGACCAGUAUCCUCCCAACAUUGCUGUCAAAGUCAACCAGUCCUACUGUCAUGUGCCGGGUUAUUACCCCUCAAAUAAGCCUGGUGUUGAACCCCGUCGUCCUUGUCGUCCUGUUAACAUCACUCCCUGGUUGCAUCUCUCAAACGCCACCAACAGAGUCACCGUCACCUGGGGAAACUUUGGCAAGCGGUACUCUGUGGCAGUGUAUUUAGUGAGGGUUUUCACUGCAGCAGACCUCUUCAGCCAACUCAAACUCUGCUCUGUUGAGAGUGCAGAACGCUGUCGUGAACGCAUCCAAGACAAACUACGAUUUGAUCCAGAGAGUGAAAUAGCGACCACAGGCCUACGGGUUUCUCUCAUCUGUCCAUUGGUGAAGAUGCGGCUCGGUGUGCCAUGUCGAGUUUUAACUUGCGCCCAUCUUCAGUGUUUCGACGCAGUCUUUUUCCUGCAGAUGAAUGAGAAGAAGCCCACAUGGACUUGCCCUGUCUGUGAUAAGCCCGCUCCCUUUGAGCUGCUCACCAUUGAUGGGCUCCUAUCUGAGAUCCUGAAAGCGACGAGUGAAGACAUCGAGGAGAUUGAGUACUUAACCGACGGCUCCUGGCGACCCAUCAGAGAUGAUAAGGAGAGGGACAGGGAAAGGGAACGCAGCAACACACCAGAGUAUCCUGUUGUUGAUAUAUGCAUUCCUGAAGCAAACGGUUAUUCACCAGCUCAUAGCAGCACCAGCCUGACGGGCAAAUCCGGAAGUGGUUCCGCAGGGAUGGCAGGAGUCACGGGAGGACCUGCUGUGGCACCGGGAGGAGGUGCAGUGGUAGAUCUGACUCUUGACUCCUCCUCUGAGGAGGAAGGGGGUGGGGCAGGAGGAGACAGUGAGGACACUGAGGACAGCACUGACAGUCCUGCACCGAAGAGGGGCCGAUACAACUAUGACAAGGACCUGGUCACUGCCUACUGACCCCACAGCUCUGUCCCCUCAUAGACUGACACACACACACAGAGACAGGCAGGGGGCUAAAAACUCGAGGACAGGAACACGGUAACCCACUAGAUGCAACAACCCUCCCUUAUGCCCGAACGUCAGAGCCUUUCAGCAGCUCUGGUUUAUAUCCAGACAAAACAAACACACACUCAAACAUGCACUGUAAUGAAUCUUCAAUCUAGGGUGAUUAGGAUUCCUCUUUGUACUGUACACCACUGGAAGCAACUCUAACUCUUUCUGGCCAACUGUCACCUUGCAGUGAAUAUCUGUACCGUCCCGCCUCUACUAAAGAGACUGAAUGGAUCGAGCACCCCACCACCACCACCACCACCACAACCACCAACCACCAUCCUUCCUCCUCUCUGUCCAGAUUAUUCCCUCUCUACCACCGCAUCUCUCUUUGUAUUUGACUUGGAAUUACAGGCUCUUUUAGCCGUGGGCGUUCAAUGUUUGCGUCUCAGAUUUUUGUCACAUUUGUGAUGAACGGGCGAGUUGAAAAUGAAGGCUCCUCAGUAGUUUUUGGUAAAAGGUCAAAAAUAACUAAUGGGAAAAAAAGAGUGUGGAUUAUUUGGAGAGGGCAAGGCAGAGAUAUCUGGAGUAUGAUGCAAAUUUGAACCUCUCCCAUUGUGUUAUAAUUUCUUUGUUCAGAGAAUGAAUUCAAAGCUUGAAAGAGUUUUUUCAGGAAUUUAUCCUUUUAUCUUUUUAAUUAUAAAAGGGCAGAACACAGUACUGGCCUCAGUGUGUGAUGCUUUCCAUUUUUAUUUUGUCCUUAGAUAAAGAGAACCUACCUCAGUCAUAAAAACUUAGCAGACUGACCAGAGACUAGCUUAGCAAGAUGCGGAGGACAGAAGAAUUGAAGAGUCUUUCUGACGCCAAUUUUACACUGGAGAUUUUGUUUUCCUACUUUUUUUUUUUUUUUGUUUUGCUUUAUCUUUUUUAUUUUCAUUGUUCCAUGCAGCUCUGUUCCCUCUGCAGCAACUCAUUCUUUGUUGAAGUGCGAGUUUGUGGGUAACCAAGCUAACUGGAGGUGUCAGCGAUGCAAAAAGUUGUGGGUGGAACUGUGCCACUGUAAAACAUUACUGCAGUUAUCUCGCUGUAACAGGAUUUUUUUUUUGUAGGGUUGUCGUAGCGGCAUUGCAUAUGGAAAUAACUCAACGAAAUGACUGUAUGGCAGCUGUGCCAAAGCAGGUGUAUUUUAUCACUGACAGGAUAAGGUUAUAAGAUUUUGGUGCCUUUUUCUUUUCUUUUGUUGGUUGAGUGGUGACGAUUGGAGCAUGUUGUUUAAAGGCUAGCUGAGCUGGCCCUCAGAUGAGACCCCAGUCUGAGAGAAGGUGUUUUAUAUCAUUUAGGACUCUUUUUUUUCCCCAGUAGGAGAAAUGGACAGAGAAGCAGAAACAAGUCUCUGGUAAAGGACAGUUACAGAGUAGAAGUCCUGUCACCCCCCCCCCCCACAUUUUGAUGUCUUUUUCUGGCAGUAUAUUUAUUUAAUUGCUUCACAUUCUCUUAACAGUUGUUUAUAAUAAGUCUACAUAAUAUUUGGCAUAGUUUUGUACAGAUGGGAGCUAUGAGUUGCAGAAAGCAGGACACCUCUGCUGUGGUUUGAGCGUUGAGUUAUAAUUGGUCCGGGCUUGUGGCUGUGCUGUUGAUGAACACUCCUUUUCUUUUCCUCUGAAUGAAUCCAACCUGGGUCAAAGUACCAUUCAGAGUACUUUGCUGCGGUGGGUUCAACAUGUCUGACACAACGAAACUUAAUGAAGUGUCAAUAAGUGCAACCUCACCAAGCCUUAGAGUCAUUGAUUGGAUUACAAAUGGUCCUGUCUGGAACAAGUGGAGCUGCUCCAACCAACAAUCCCCCUUGGCCUCCUUUCAAUGUAGAUAAGGUCACAUCUAUUUGCUGGAAUAGAAUUGGACUUUAAUUGCUACAUGCUGUAGGCUUACAACUAAUAUUCCUCUGCACCUGCACGAGUAUUGUCAGUAUGUGAUGGCUGCUCCUCAGAUAAGGAUCCUCAGGCUGCAUUUGCAGGCUUUAGGUUUGUCUGCUAGAAGGCUGUCAGUGUUUGCUUGAAGUUAAGAAAAGGUUUUUGCUGUGUGGCUAGAGCUGUUUGCACUUUCACCUGAUACUUCAUCCCAAGUUUGUGGCUCAUUUAUUUUUAAAGCCAUCACAUAGUGAGUGUUAAUCAUGGAUCCCUGACAGUUGUGAUCUGUUCUCCUCCAUCUCAUGUACGGGAAUCAGAAAAUGUGAAACUAGGAAUGCGGCGGUCCUACUCCACUGUGAAACGCUUGGAGGGGGAGAAAAAAGUAGUGACUCAGAUUAGUUCUGCAUUGUAUGUUUCCCUCUCUCACCAUCCCUUUGUUGUGGUUUGAUCAGCACAGAAUCCGGUUCGCUCAAAUGCACAGAGAAAUGACAUUUACACAUUGAUCCGGGGCCUCGCUGUUGCAAGUGUAUCGUGAUAAGGUUGAUGAUUGAAAAAGUAGGUCGAGUCAAAUCUGGUCUUCCAUUUUUCUCCUUUUGACACUUUGACGUAACAAAAUCAAUAUACUGAUGAAAAAUCUUUGAUAAUCCACACAAAAUUGAUUGAUGGCACUUUGCCUGUACUACAUCAGUCUGUCCCUGAAACGGAUCUUCUAUGUAAGGUGUUCUGAAGCGAAAUAAUGUAAAGAACUCUAAUACCUGUCUUGAACUUGGCAAUUUAUAUUUGUAUGUAACUGCUAUACAUAUAAAAAUGACUUUGUUCAUUUGUUGAUAGGUACAGAAGGUCAUGAUUUGAACGGAUCUCCUAAACUUUUUUUUGCUGUAUGGUUAAAGAUGAGAGGUGGUGCAGGUUGCGUCUGUGGAACUGAGCCAGAUGAGUUUGCAGGUUGUUUGGGAGCUGGAGAGAGCUGAGGGUCUGGUCUUUUUGUAGUGGCAUCUCGUCUUCUUAUAAUCAUGCAUAAGGUAGCAUGGGCAGAGGCUUACAAUCCAUGAUGUAAAUGUUUUGUUUGUUGUGUUUUUUUAUAUGUUCAUAUUAAAAGACAAUAAAAUUUAAAUAAUAUUUUAUUAAGCCUUGAAUUGCCUCCAGUUGUUCCUAUAGGCAA